AAAAACUGCCUCGCUCAGCAAAAGACAAACAAACAAGUGUGCUUGAUCUUAUUUCCCCCCCCUUCGUUCAUCCUAUCUGAAUCAAAAUGCAACAGCCAGAAGCCCAGCAAACGACUCAGACACCGGACACAGACAUACUGGACUCGGAAGUUGGAUACAUACGGAGGAGGAAAACAGCUCUGUGGGUGACAGUGGCUCUGCUGGCUCUGUCUCUGGUGGUGUUGGCCAUAGGUCUGAUCUCAGCCACGCGCACCGACAACGUGCCGGUGGCUGGAUAUUAUCCAGGGAUCACUUUGAGUUUUGGGGCAUUCCUCGGCAUCGUUGGAAUCCAUCUGGUGGAAAACCGCAGGCCUAUGCUCAUGGCUGCCAUCAUCUUCAUCAGCAUCGGAGUCAUUGCCUCUUUCUUCUGUGCCAUCGUGGACGGGAUCAUCGCAUCAGAGUUCAUUGACACAAGACCCUUGCAGGAGGACAUGUGUGACUUUUAUGCCAGUGGCUCUGGAUAUGCUUAUGACAGCUACUAUACUGAGGUGACCUGUCAUUCAUUCGACAAAGCCUGUAAGCUGAAGCUGAGAAGUAACACCUGCUACUGCUGCUACCUGUACAACUGUGAGAGCACAGACUAUCACCCUCAGUAUUUUGAGUUCACCGGUGUCAGCAGCUGCUGGGAUGUGAUCCAUCUUCAUCGUCUGCUGUGGGCCUCAGUGGCCCUCAACGUGAUUGGCCUCUUCCUUGGAAUCAUCACUGCCGCCAUCCUCGGAGCGUAUAAGGACAUGCAGAAGCCCCUUCCACCGGUGGCCCCAAGCCCAGCACCGCCGCCCCACAUCCUGUACAACCCCACUCAGCACAUGCUCACCUAUGCUGGAUUCUGUCCUGCAGGACAGAAUCUACCUGCUUACCCCAACUAUCCAGUCCCGGUGCAGCCUAACAGCAGCUUCCAGGGACCUGCCACCCCACAGAUGAUCCCAGAGGGGGGACCUCCUGGCACUUCCUGUCCCUCUGAAGAAACCCAUAGCCAGCCGCCCUCGCAGGGCGUCACCCAGGAACCAGGAGGAGGUUUCAUGCUCACACCCAAUGCUCCAGUCCUAUAUGCAUCCUCCAAAAGCCCCUUUGAGAAACCUCCCCCUUACGCCUACUGAGCCCUCAACCAAAACAAAAAAAAAAAGUGGCAUGUUGGGUCAUUUGUGUGUAGACUUUUUACUUGGAAUAAGUUUGAUAGAUGACCUUGUAGCUGGAGACGUCUAGGAAGGAUGCCGGUGUCUAUCUGUGUAGUGUUAUACAGUAUGUAUUUCAAGUGCAUUCAUAGGUCUCCAGUGUGUAGUCUACCAUUGCAGCUGUUUGUUAUAACCACCUUUAGAUUGCAGGUGCUCCUGUGUGUUGUCUCAUGACAAAUGCACUACGAAUAAGGGCUUUCUUUCACCAGGAAUAUAAGAUUAAAGAACACCAAUGUGGCUGCUACAUUGUUUGUAUGAAGGUGUCGUAUUGUCAAUGUUAAGUAAGUUCAGAAUUAAGCGAGAUAUGUUUCGUGUUACGCGUCGCAAUAGCAGGGAGUUAAGUGUGUGUGAUUUAUCAGUCAGCAUGUGUACAUGAACCACCUUCAGCAGCACAACAUACAAACAAGUAUUUUCAAAGUACAAUUUGACUCUUGACGUUCAUAGAACUCUUUAUUUUGCUCUUUAAAUAGGAUUGUAGCAUUGUACGCAUACGGAGCUGGUAAAAAGAAAACAAAUUAAAUCUAACGAGCAUUACAAUAUACACCACAAUAAAAAAAAAAAAAGAUAAAAUUUCUGGCAUUCAUUCAUGAGAAAACUAUAUGGUACAUCAUGGAGUUAAGCCAAACCGGAGCCCUUUGGACUAUCACAUUGCUCCUCCAACAUUGUUUUUUUCUGCAUUUUGGUUUACUUAGCACCUAUGAAAUAAAGUACUAAAGAUGAUUCUGCAAAGUUUUACUAUGUUUCCAUUGCUCUCAGUCCCCGUAAGGG